UGUCGAAAGUGAAAAAGGGGCGUGUUAAUCAGAGUAGUCAGUUUAAAAAAAACAUGGAUGUCGAAGAAUUGUUGACAUUCAAGCCUGUCAACACACCUAAAAGGCCGCAGGAUGAUGAGCCUGGCAGGUCAGAUGACGGCCCUGGCGAGUAUGAACGGUACCGAAAAAUGCGGCGGCUCGAUGAGCGGCCAACACAAGUUCGGAGAAGAGAGGAGCAAAUGGCACCUCCCAAAUUCAAAGAAGACGCAGAUGAAGAAGGUCGACAAAAAAUAAAGCAGAUUGUCGAUUCGCUGGAUGAGGGAGGCGCUGGUGAGUCUGACGUUUUGGACGAAAAUGCUAUGAAGAGAAUGGUCCUGCUUUUCGAAAAGAGGGCCCUGAAAAACCAAGAGAUGAGGAUCAAGUUUCCAGACUCGCCUGAAAAGUUCAUGGAAUCUGAAGUUGAACUUCACACAACCCUGACAGAACUCAGAGCCUUGGCCACCGUUCCAGAGCUAUACCCAAAGCUUGUGGAAUUAGGAGCUGUUCCCUCUAUGCUGGAGCUUUUGGCGCACGAGAACACUGACAUUGCGAUUGCUGUUGUGAAUCUUCUCCAAGAGCUGACAGACAUUGAUACCCUAACAGAAAGUCAGGAAGGCUCUGAAGCCCUUGUGGACGCACUGAUGGCAGGGCAAGCUUGUGCUCUGCUCGUACAAAAUUUAGAUAGGCUUGACGAGAGUGUACCUGAGGAGGCUGAGGGUGUGCACAACACAUUGUCAAUAUUUGAAAACAUAACGGAAGUAAGGUCUCAAAUAUGUAAUGAUGCAGCCAGUCAAGGACUCCUGUCUUGGCUCUUGAAGAGGCUGAAAGCAAAAAUGCCAUUCCACGCAAAUAAACUCUACACUAGUGAGAUGUUGUCAAUAUUGCUGCAAAGCAAUAAUGAAAACCGGCAGCUGUUGGGAGAUUUGGAAGGCAUUGAUAUUCUCCUUCAGCAGCUUGCAUAUUACAAGAGACAUGACCCCUCAUCUUCUGAGGAGCUAGAAAUGAUGGAGAAUCUGUUUGACUGCCUUUGCAGUAGCCUCAUGCUUGCCUCCAACAGGGACAAAUUUCUCAAGGGUGAAGGUUUGCAGCUAAUGAACCUUAUGCUAAGGGAAAAGAAGCAGUCAAGGAAUGGAUCAUUGAAGGUUUUGGAUCAUGCUAUGUCGGGGCCCGAUGGAAAGGAUAACUGCAACAAGUUUGUGGACAUUUUGGGACUUCGGACAAUUUUCCCUCUUUUCAUGAAGACACCACCACGAAGCAAGAAAAGAACAAUCUCAACAGAAGAACACGAAGAGCAUGUGAGCUCUGUCAUUGCAAGUAUGUUGAGGAACUGCAGAGGAGGCCAAAGAACAAGACUGCUUACAAAAUUUGCUGAAAAUGACCACGAAAAAAUUGACCGGCUCAUAGAGUUGCAUUUUAAGUAUCUUGAGAAGAUGGAAAAAGCUGACUUAGCCAUUGACGAAGAUGUGCGAAAGCAGAGGAGGCGUGAUGACAGUGACGAUGAGGAGGACGAAGACACUAUUUACUUGAAGCGCUUGGAUGCUGGGCUCUUCACAUUACAAUUAAUUGACUAUGUCAUUUUGGAGAUUUGCAGCAGUGGACAACCAUCCAUUAAGCAGAGAGCUCUGCAAAUGUUGAAUCUUCGGGGCGGUUCUACCAAAACAAUCAAGCAGAUAAUGAGAGAAUACGCUGGUAAUCUUGGCGAACUUGGAGAUAAAGAAUGGAGGUCUCAAGAGCAACAGCACAUUUUGAAUCUGGUGGACAAGUUUUAAUAAUUUGUUUCCAUUGGACCUGUUCUUGUAAAAUAAAAUAUAAAAAAGUUUUUUGAAUUGCAAACAAUUU